CGCCCCGAGACUUCGCUGCCUUGACGUAGCCUCUGAGCCCUGGCCCCGGAGCAGAGCCGCGUCCCCGGGAAGCCCCGUUCCCUGAGCCUGAAGCCGGGGAGUUUCCGGACCGGGCAACGCCGAGCAGCCUGUGCCCAGUUCACACCAUGGGAAGAAAAAAAAUCCAGAUCUCCAGAAUUCUAGAUCAACGGAACCGUCAGGUCACUUUCACCAAGCGGAAGUUUGGGCUGAUGAAGAAGGCCUAUGAGCUGAGUGUUCUCUGCGACUGCGAGAUUGCCCUCAUCAUCUUCAACAGCGCCAACCGCCUGUUUCAGUACGCCAGCACCGACAUGGACCGGGUGCUGCUCAAGUACACGGAGUACAGCGAGCCCCACGAGAGCCGCACCAACACGGACAUCCUCGAGACACUGAAGCGGAAGGGGCUUGGCUUGGAGAGCCAGGAGCUGGAGCUGGAUGAGGGCCUGGUGGAGCCUGGAGAGAAGCUCCGGCGUCUUGGGGGGGAUGGAGCUGAUAUAGCCCUGGUUCGACCCAAGUUUUAUUCGGCGACUCCUGCUCUGCCUAGCCCUGACCUGGCAUAUGGGGCAGUGCCUCCCCCAGGGUCUGGGCCUGAGCCAUGUGGGCUAGGUGAGGCUACCCCCGGCCAGGGCCGUCCGUCCCCCUUCCGGCCUGCUGCGUCCAAGGCUGGUCCCCCAGCGGGCCGUUCCCCGGGGCCGCUGCCCCCAGCAGGUCUAGGCCCCCCACUUUUCUCCCCAGGCGGCCUUCCUCGGGCUCUGGCCAACAAGACCCCUCCCCCUCUAUAUCUGGCAGCUGAUGGACGGAGGCCAGAUCUGCCUAGUAACCUGACAGGGCCCAGGGCAGGCCUGAGUGCCACGAGAACUCUCUACGGAAGCCUCCAGAAUCCCAGCCCCAUCUCAGCCCCUGGCAGUGGUGGUCUCUCCAGUCACGGACUGGGGGCUUUCCCCUUCCUUUCCUCAAGCCAGGCAGACUAUGGUCCUGGAGACCCUUCUCCUCACCCGGGCCUCCUCCAGCCCAUGGCCCUGGUCCCCUGGCAGCCCCCAAGGGGGGACAGGUCCCCCGGCUCCCAGUCACACCUUAGCGUCCGCCCCGGCUCCGCCCCCGGGCCGGGCGAGGAGACUCCAGCGGCCCCGGGAAGCUCUCCGCCGGCGCUCAGCAUCAAGUCCGAGCGCGUGUCCCCGGGAGUUGCGCCCCCCUCGGAGCGCCCACCGUCCCGGGACGACUUCACCAAGAGCUACCCCUACCCCGCCGCGGGGCUGGCCCGGCCCGGCCAGCCCCUCCGACGGCUCCACGUGGCCGACGGCUGGCCCAGAUAGGAACCGGGCCGGCCCCUCCGGCCCAGGGCGACACCCCCCCCUCCCCGCCACCUCUUCGUGUGCCCCUCCACCCUCGGGACUCCUGCCUCUCUGUGCGUCUGUCUCUACCGGAAGGGGCAACGCGGAGAAAACUUGCUUCGGGGACCCCUCCCCCCUCCCGCGUGGAAAGGCUUGGUCCUUUCCAGCACAGUCCUAGGCAAAAAGGAAGCAGGGGGGAAGGGCAGGCGGUGAAGGUCGGUCGGGGGAAUCCCUCGGGCGUUUCACUGAUUCCCCCGUGGAAAUUCAGGGCAGGGCUGAUGGGAAACGGGGGAUCCGGAAUUGGAACUCAGCUUGAUGGCAUCCCUGUGUUCCUCAUAAUUUGUGGACUGCCAGGGGAAGUCCCAAACUGUCCCCUCUAUCCUUACUGUCGGCUGGACCCCUGCCGGUGUCCCACUAGCCGGGGGCCCCAUCCCCUGUUCCUUCCUGGGGCUGAUGGAGCUCCCCUCUUGUAACCAAUAAAAAAAUGCUUGGGCACA